UACAUUAAAUAUGUCACAAAAUUGUCAUUUGUCAUAUUUUGCGCGCACGUUUCACGUUAUUUUUGUGUUAAUUGAAUAAAAACACAUAAAAUUCAUAAUAAAUAUGGAAGCAACGCCACAGAUUGAAGCCGACAGGCGUCUGUUAAAAUUCAAGACGUACGAAGAUUACCUCGACUCAUUAGUAACGCCCGCCGAUUUGUGUUACAUGCAGAGUGUCACAGCAUCCCGCACGUUAGCGGAAUUAGGAUACAGGAGCACCGGUGCAACAUUAAGCCGGAAACAGUUUGAACGACGUCUGGCUGCAGUUAUCGCGUAUUUAUAUCCUACUUUCAAGCCUUAUGAGUUGGCCAGUGAACGGAUGCCAGCCACCGACGACUUGCAGAAAGAACUCGCCAUUCGGGAACGACCCAAUCGACUUGGCAUUUUAGCGACAAUCAUAUUUUUGCGUAACACAACUUCUGGCGGGUUUGAAGUAUCCGGUUACAUCGACUACGGCGACCGGCUGAAGAUCGAAGAUUGGAAACCAUUUUUUCGAGGUAAAAGACGACUGUGGCCUAAACCUACAGACCUUGGUUACUACCACUGGAGACUCGGAGCUAGUGUAUCCAAUGAUUCAUUCAAUUUUAAGGUCAUUGUGCAUCCGAAGAGAGGACUGCUGUUUCAGAAUCGCUUCGAUCGUAAAGUGAUUUCCGUCGACCCUGUGCAAUCGCCCGGCAGCAACAGCACUCGUCUGUGUGUCCUCUCGCCGAUCUACGAUCACGUCGUUUUAUUGGAUCACGUAGUCAUUCAGCGAAUUUAAACUGGUUAACUAUCCACGUAAACAGCACGAAAAGAUGAUCCGGCAUAGAAUUUUCAUGGAAUCGUCAUCUAAUCGUCAUCCAAUAGGCCUGAAAUCGUCAAUUGUUGAUGUCAUACCAAACGUCAAUAAAUAAUCAUGAAAUUAACCUCCAAUCGAUAUUUAGCGACAAUCGUCAUGCAAUCGUCAAGAAAUCGUCAAUUAUCGAUUGCCUUACGCCUAAUGCAAAUGACGCUUCCAUAGACACUGGGCGUUAAUUUGCCCGUGUUGUUUUUUGUGAUGAAGCGCACAAAGAAAAACGUAGGUUAAAAAUACGCAAAACCAACAAACGGCAAAGUUUUCUGAGUUAAACCUGAAAAGCCGGGAUUUUCACGCCGUUAUUGCUUUUGUUCGACUUUAUUCUUUGACUCGCGCGCGCCCAUCCACCGCAAACCCGCAAAUGCACACCAUAAAUUAACUUAUAAACGACGUCUAUUUGUUUAUUUCCAGCAGGCGAGUGCCGAGUGUGGUGUGUAUCUACACACUCCACUUGAGAACUAAUUAAAGUUUCCGGAAUGCGUUAUUGGCGACAUUAAAUAAAUACAUUACAACUCGUAUUCUCUGCGCAGAUAGAUUUUAAUUGGAUACGUGGCAAAGUUGUUAAACAAAUUUAUUAUAAAAAAAUGUCGAAUUUAAUUUAAUUUUAGCGAAUAAAGUUUAUUCUAUUACACAAA